AUGUCCAUGUUGUGGUGCUGAUACUGCUGAUAUCAGUCCUAUUUAUUCACGUCACGAAGAUGUUGUGACCGCGGGUUUCUACAUUUAAAAAAAAUCGUGCAAAAAGAUGUUACGAAACGUUCCUUUGAUUGUCAUUUUGGGUUCAACUGGCACGGGAAAAACUAAAUUAUCUAUCGAAUUAGCUCGAAGGUUUGGAGCCGAAAUAAUCAGUGCCGACUCAAUGCAAGUUUAUAGAGGACUGGACAUUGUCACAGCCAAAGCAACGAAACACGAACAGUCCAUGGCCAAACAUCAUCUACUGGAUGUUGUCGAUGCUGGCAGCAAUUUUACGGUUGUCGACUUUCGUGACACCGCUCUACCAAUCAUCAACAAUCUAUUGGAAGCGAAAAAAAUUCCCAUUAUAGUCGGUGGAACGAACUAUUACAUCGAAAGUGCAUUAUGGAAAGUGUUAGCGAAUCCACUGAAUGAUAAUCGCAAAAGGAAAAUAGAAUCAGUAGAUUCAGACGAUGGUAAGGAAGUGGACGCCAACAAGGAAGACUCUGGUCAAUGGUAUGCUACAGACCAAUUCGAGGGACGUACACCAGCAGAGCUUCACAAAUUAUUGCAAUCUGUUGAUCCGGACUCGGCUCAGCGAUUGCAUCCGAAUGACCAUCGCAAAGUUAAGAGAGCACUCGAAGUGUACGAAAAUUGUGGGAAAACUAUGACCGCUAUUAUCAAUGAACAGAAAAAUAUUCCAGGUGGCAAUGACUACGGUGGACCUCUUCGCUACGAACACAUCAUCCUUUUCUGGCUGCAAUGCGAUCAGGAAAUUCUGAACAAACGUCUCGAUUCACGAAUUGACGACAUGUUGUCCCAAGGAUUGGUGAAAGAAAUUCGAAGCUUCUACAACCUGGCGAAACAGAAUUACAACAAAGCCAAAGUCGAUGCUACCAAAGGAGCUAUCCAAUCAAUCGGACUGAAGGAGUUCAUUCCAUAUUUGGAAAAAUAUGAUGAACAGGAGGACGAACGAUUGAUCGACUUUCUCACGUCUGAAAAAGCGACCGACCAAUCGCCUCCGGAGAGUCUUCUUCUAUUGAAAUCUUGCUUGGAGACAUUGAGACUGGUUACGAAGAGAUAUUCGAGGAAUCAACCAAAGUGGAUCAGGAAUCGUUUUCUUCGAUCCGUCAAUCGCCAAGUACCACCAAUGUACACACUAUCGACCAACAAUCCGGAUAAUUGGAAUGAAGACGUGUACCUGAAGGCUGAAAAUGUCAUUCAAUCUUAUAUGGACAAUACGACCGCUGACUUGAAACCGUGCGAACAGUUGGAGAACCCGAGGAAAGAUCUAGACCCAAAUGUGACUAAUAUAUGCGAGACAUGCAAUAAACCGUUUGUUGGCGAGUUUCAAUGGAAGUUGCAUUUACGAUCGAACAAGCACAAACAUCAAUUGGCAAGACUGAAGAAACAGAAAUACUUGGAAGAGAGUACGGUUAGUGGAAGUGUUACCGAAAAUAGUUUGAAAUAAAUUUUAUUGCCAAAA